AGACUAUCUCUUUCCUUCCGUUUCAAACGCUCUUAUUUUUUUUGUAUCUGAAUUCUGCCAAACUCUCUCUCUCUCUCUCUCUCUCUCUCUCUCUCUCUCUCUCUUACCACAGGAGGAUAGAGAAGCCCGUCGUUUUGCACAAACGCGGCACGCCGUUCGAGUUGCCACCCCAUUCCCAUGCCCGUAAUUACGUGUCGUAACACCACCCUCCAUCUCUACAUAUACAAACAAACAACCUCCAUCCUCAUCAAUUACCUCUCUCUCUCUCUCUCUCUCUCUCUCUCUCUCUCUCCAUAUAUAUCUACAACUAUACACAACCAUUAGAAAACUCACCGGCGAUCAUGUCGAAGCAGCGAUCACUGACACCAACCCUUCUCUUCCUCGUUGCCGCCGUCGUGUGUUCUUCUCUGACGGCGGCGAGCGGAUUGGGAGGAGGGAUGGUGGGAGGGAGGACGAAGGUGAAGGACGUGAAGACGAACCAGGAGGUUCAGGAUCUAGGGAGGUACUCGGUGCAGCAAUUCAAUCGAGUGCAGAAGGGUAAGAAGAAUGGCGGGUACGUCGGAGACCUGAGGUUUCAGGAGGUGGUGGAGGCGGAGACGCAGGUGGUUUCCGGCGUCAAGUACUAUCUCAAGAUCGCCGCAGUCACUCCGGCUGGGGUCCCCAAGACGUUCGAUGCGGUGGUAGUUGUCAAGCCAUGGGCCCAUUCCAAGGAAUUGCUCAAUUUUGACCCUUCCCCUCCUACCCAGUGAUGAGAUCAAUCCCAGAUUUUUACAGCUCUAGGUCUAGGGUUUGCAAUCAGUGUCCUUGCUUCUAAUCAUGACUCUCUCUCUCUCUCCUCUCUCAUUAUUGUUUGUUGUGAGGUUUUGUAGUGGGUAUGUAACCUGCGAUCUAAGUGGAAUAAAACAGCAAUGAUGAAGAAAGUGAUGCAUAAACUC